AUGUGGAGGACCGGUAACAGCCAUCCUGGGUUCAUUCUGGUUGGGUUUUCAGACCAUCCUCAGCUAGAGCUGGUUCUGUUUGGGGUCAUCUUGUUCCUGUACUUCAUGACCAUUCUUAGCAACACUACCAUCAUUGUAGUGUCAUUUAUAGACUCUAAGCUUCACCCCAUGCACUUCUUUCUCUCCCACCUUUCCUUCCUGGACCUCUGCUUAAUCCCUCAGCUUCUUGUCAACUUGGGGGGGUCAAAUAAGUCCAUCAUUUAUGGUGGUUGUGUGGUUCAGCUCUAUGCCUCCUUGGCCUUGGGAUCCACAGAGUGUGUUCUGCUGGCAAUGAUGUCCUAUGGUCACUAUGUUGCUGUCUGUCAUCCUCUCCAUUAUGCCAUUGUCAUGCAUCCUCAACUUUGUAGUAUCUUGGCAUCUGUGGCAUGGCUCAGUGGGAUGGCCACCACUCUCGUCCAGUCCACUCUCACUCUGCAGCUGCCCUUCUGUGGAUAUCGCCAUGUGGAUCAUUUCUUUUGCGAGGUCCCUGUGCUCCUCAAGCUGGCUUGUGUGGACACCACCUUCAACCAGGCUGAACUCUUUGUGGCCAGUGUCUUAUUCUUGGUGCUGCCUGUCUCACUCAUUCUAGGCUCUUAUGGCUACAUUACCCAGGCAGUUCUUAGGAUCAAGUCAGCUGUGGGAAGACAAAAAGCCUUUGGGACUUGUUCCUCUCACCUCAUGGUGGUCAUCAUCUUCUAUGGGACCAUCAUCUUCAUGUACCUGCAGCCAGCCAAGAGUCGAUAUAAGGACCAGGGAAAGUUUGUUUCCCUCUUCUAUACUGUGGUAACACCUAUGCUGAACCCUCUGAUUUAUACUUUGAGGAACAAGGAAGGGAAAGCAGCACUGAAGAAAAUUCUGGGGAAUUUUUUAUGA